UGUGAGAACGGGUGUUAAUAGCGAAGGCGGGAAUGAUGAACAGUGGGAUAGGAAGAUGAUGAAGAGGAAUACAUCAAGAAUCCCUAGACAAGUAGAAAGAAAUGUGGAAUGUAGGAGGGAUACCUAGGUAGAAGCGAGGGGUGAGGAAGGUAGGAGGGAUACCUGGAAUACAAUACCAAGACUACAAUAAUCCCUAGCACAGAUUAAGACUACCGUAAACUCUUUUAGUAUUUACGCUGAAAACAUCUCUGUUUGUGUUUUAUAUGUUGUUAGCAUCAGAAAGAAGCACUGGAUCGAAUAUCGGUUGUUUCCUGGUAGCCAGUGAUUCAGUAUGCAUAGCUGACACCAUGUACUCCAAGAUACUUGAUGCUAUACCUUCAAGAUGGGAUGUUUCACCUGGCUAACAUUCUGAUAUGUUUAUAAGAGCAUAUGAACAUAAGGAAGAAGGAACAGUGCAGCAGGCCUACUGGCCCAUGCGAGGCAGGUCCAAUUCUCCCACCGGCUUAAGCCAAUGCCUUAACCUAGUCAGGUUUGUGUAAUGGAUGUGGUCGGUCAUGAUGGUGAGCCUUUCAUCCAGGCUGAGUAAUAUAAGAUUUUUGCAAAGUAGACAAUGUCUGACCGUCUCUGCUAUGCUCUCGGGACACAGUCAAAGCUACACUGGAAGAUGACAGUCAGGAAGAUAUGGAAUGUGUACUUUCAGCCAGUGGACAACUCAAACAAGUGUCAUGGUGUCAAGGUCAGACAAGACGUCGCUUAGACUAACAUCAACAUCAGCUGGCAGUGCCACUCACAGGGCCAAGGGAAUACAUUUGGCUUCUCUACUGCUUCUCUGCUGCGCCACACACGCAGGUGGUGCUGGGGUGUUGCAGAGGUUCGUGGAGACCCCGAGGAGUGUGCAAGUGAGGGAGGGGGUUGACGUGGCCCUCAGGUGCCGGGUGGCACACCAGCAGGGCCAGGCACAGUGGACCAAAGAUGGCUUCGCUCUAGGUUUCGAGCGGGAGGUUCCUGGCUACCCUCGUUUCACCUACUUAGGUGACCCCAAAGCGGGUGAGCACCACCUACUCAUCACUAGUGUGACAAGCAGAGACGAAGGGGAGUACCAGUGUCAAGUGGGACCCACUGCCACCAACCCUCCCAUCUGGGCAGCUGCCAACCUCACAGUUCUCCUACCACCAGUGAGCAUCAUGAUGGAGGGCGAGAGUGACGGCUCAGUACUGGAGGUGACGGAGGGUGAGAAUAUUACCCUCCACUGUGUGGUCACUGGAGCCACACCUCCACCCACUGUACACUGGUACUUGGGUCCUCGCCUCGUAGAUUCAGCGCAGGUGGAGUCGCAGGUGGUGGAGUCGUCGGUGCCUCACAGGUGGAGCAUGAGAAGCCAGUUGGUGCUGACAGCCGAAGCUGAAGACGACGGUCAGAGAGUGACCUGCCGGGGUGAGCACCCAGCAAUGGUGGCACCAGCAGUUCUCAGUGCCUCACGCACCCUGGCCGUCCUCCAUGCCCCCAGCACGCCCGUCAUCAGUGGGUAUUUACCAGGCGAGGUACUAGUGUCUGGGGAGCACCGUACCCUCACCUGCCGUGUGUCGGGGGGCAACCCGCGCCCCUCCCUCCUGUGGUACCGCAGUGGUCGCCUCCUCGACGACACCUUCUCCAGCGACGCCGGCGGUAGUGUCAACACAUACAACCUGUUGGUGACAUCAACAGAGGAUAAUGCCCAAUAUGAGUGCCGAGCCAUGAACCAGUUGAUGGAGCAGCCAUUGAUGGCUAACAUCACCCUCACCGUCCACUACCCACCACUGGAGGUGAGUGUAUUGGGACCAUCCCGGGUGGAAGCUGGUACCUCUGUCUCUCUCACCUGUGUUACAUCAGAAGCCAACCCUCCAGCCUCCCUCACCUGGCUCAUCCAAGGUGAAGCUGUGUCGUCGCCAGCAGCGGUGGUAAGCCAGGUGAGGUCUGGAGGGUGGGUGAGCAGGUCGAGGCUGGUGCAGAAGGUGCAGGAGAGCCACCUGCGGGAGGACACCCACCAGCUGCAGGUGGUGUGUAAGGCACAACACCCAGUACUGGCACGACCCAUGUACAAGACGUUUCUUCUAAGUGUGACUGAGCCAGCAGGGCCACCUGUACUGGAGGGUGACCUCACACAGGAGGUCACCCAAGGUACCUGGCUUAACCUCACCUGUUCUGCGGCUGGAGGUCACCCGCAACCCACCCUCAGGAUGUAUAAAGAUGGUGUGUUAAUACCAACGAAGGUGGUGCAGGAGGGGGCGGUGACCCGCGUCAGGGGUCAAGUGAAGGUCACACCAGCUGAUAACGGGUCAGAGGUUAAGUGUGAGGUCACCAGUGCUGCCAGCGGGUCACCCAAGGUCACCUCCAGGACGCUCACUGUCAAGUUCGCGCCGCUGGAAGUGUCUGUGAGGGCAGUGCCCAGUACCUCCCAGGUGGGGCAGGUGGUGAGGCUCACCUGCCUGGCCUCCUCCAGCCACCCCCCAGCCACCAUCACCUGGACGUCAGGAGACGUCACCUUGCAGGGGGACGUCACCUACUCCACACCUGCCGCGUUUGGUGGCACCAGCAGUAGGUCAGAGCUGCAGGUGAACACAACGGCUGAGGACAACGGUAGAGUGUUGGUGUGUCAAGCUCACAACGGUGUGGGCACCCCCGUCAGCAAGCACGUCACUCUUAACGUCUUACACCCACCUGUGUGGAGAGAGAAGCCAGUCUCACAUCUGGACGUUCUGGAAGGCACUCGGGUCGUGCUCACUGCCUUCGCCACAGCCAAUCCUGGCCCCGUCAGGUACUGGUGGAGUCGAGGGAACGAGAGGCUGUCAAGUUCCGGUGGUGAGCUAAGUCUGGGAAUGGUCACCAGACAUAUGACUGCCAACUACACCGUCACCGCCUACACCAGUAGUGGAGAAAUCAACACCUCCUUCUACAUCAACGUCCAGUAUGGCCCCGAAAACAUAAGUGCACCUGAACGUGUGAUCGUAGGUGAAGGUGAGAAUGUGAACGUACAGUGUUCAGCCAGUGGGAACCCCGUGCCAUACCUCACCUGGUCCACCAGGAAUGUGACUGUGAGUAGAGGCACUGGAGUGGCACUACUGACACUGAGGUCAGUGGGCAGUGACAGCAGUGCUGUGUAUGAGUGCCAGGCAUCCAGCAUCCUCGCCUCACCACAGUCUCUCACAACCAAACUUAUUGUCAGGCAGGCAGUGUCCCUGGCUGGGGGUACAGCCACGCGUGGAUCAUGGGUAGACCUGGGCAGGAGGGCACGUCUUGUCUGUCAUGUAAGAGCUGCCCCGCCACCGACCUUCACCUGGACUAAAGAUGAUGAGACACGCGUCAUUCAAAACAAUGAAAAAUACUCAAUCUAUAAACCAGAGCUGGUGGACGGUUUGGUGCUGUGGGUGUCAGCGCUGGAGAUACUGCAGGUCACUGCUGAAGAUUACGGAACUUACCACUGCUGGGCCUCUAAUGGUCUAGGUUCAGCCUCCAUUGGGCUCACACUCAACCCGCCCACACGCCCUCACCCCCCCACCAACCUCACUCAGAUAGUGAACGUGAGUAACGUAUCAGUAGUACUGGGAUGGUCACCCAGCUUUGAUGGUGGGAAGCCGGAGGCUUUCACUGUAAGAUACAGCACUGAUACUACACUCAGCUACCAGUACGAAGACAUUGAAGGGAGUGCCACAGGUGCCACGGUGGGAGGCCUGACACCGGGUACACAAUACACCUUCAGCAUACAAGCCAGGAAUGAUCGUGGAUACUCAGACUACACAACUCCACCCAUCCCCGUAACCACUCUCGGAGCUACGUCAGAGGCGGAGAACAGUGGUAAUCGGAGCAUAACUAGUCUCCUGCUGUUGGUUAUUGUUGUGGCAGCGUUGGCACUGCUGGUGCUCAAUGUGGCACUCAUUGUCUGCUUCUUGCAGCUGCACAAGAGGAGGAGAAACUCUUGUAGAUCCUCGUCGUCCAUGAAGAUGACCUCGCCUGUGUCUCCAGCCAGUACCAUGACCUGCAGUCCUGACCACCAUCACCUCCACCAUCAUCACAUCCAUAUGUCGCACAUCACACAUGCCCAGAAAACUGCUAGAGAUUCUCAGGCUGAUCUUCAGAACAAGGUCAGUGAGGGCAUCAACUCAGCCUGCCCACCUCCACCCAGUUGUCAAACAGCAUCCCAGAUACCCAGUGCCACAAAGUGCACUAUAAGUGGCAUCAAGUGGAACAGAACACUUAAAUGCAAUGGCAAAAUACCCCACAAUGGUAAAAUUUACACGAGGAAAAAAUUUACACAAAAUGAUUCUGUCUUUUUACGUAAUCAACCGCGUGGAAAGGGAAGAGAAGGGAGCAAAUCAGGUAGUCCAGAGACUUGUUCGCUCAUCCCAAAGCCUAAAGAAAGCUCGUACCGAGACAAGGAUCAGAUGUCUGAAUCCUCGCAUGAUGGAAGUGACGCUGCUAUAUUUAGCGACGACAACGUCAUCUCGUCUUCAUUGUCAGGAAAACAGCAGAGACAUUGCCUCGACCCUGAUGACCACAAUGUUUUGUCAUAUGUACACCAAAUCAGAGAUGAGUUGCAACAUCAGCGGCAUGAUGAAUCUCAGCAGCAGACACAGCAGGAUAGGUUAUCAAGGACCCUCACAGACACUGCAACUCAAAUUCGGUUUACACAGUCAACACAACCCAACUCUCCUCAUUAUCAGCAUCAAUACAAAAACCAUCAAGACUCUUGUAACUCAAAAGAAUCAGAUCCAAUCUCAAGUUCAAACAGUAAGGAACCAUAUGAACCAGAACAUCUAGUUAAUCGGCAGCAACAAGAUAUUCCAUUACAUAACAAAACAUUAACCACUACCACAAAUGUAAGUCUUCGGCAUCAACGGGUAAACUCGCUAACCAGUGCAGAAUUACAACAUUUACAACCUGCAAGACCAAUCAAGACUGACCCGCAAAAUCUUUGUUUCCUUUCACCAACCAGGGCUCAGAAAUGCAAGUCGCAAUCUGUUUCACAAACAAGGGGUCAGUACCGUGUUCUGCCUGCCUUACCAACCCAAGCCCAAAAGCACCAAGCGUCACACAAUAUGUCAACAAGAGGACAGCGUAGAAAAGCGCCAUCCUCUCCAAGAGGAGCACAGCGGUCUCAGCCAUCCACCUCUUCAAGCAGAGCACAAUUCCGAAAGCUUCUAUUCAGUUCAUCAAUAAGCGAACAACGUCAUAAUCUGCCACCCGAUUCACCCAGGAACACACAGCACUGGCAGCAUAAGCCUGACGUGCCAAUAACCCCUCGGGGCCACUUACCAAAGAGAUUUCAGGACCACCUACCAACAAGACCUCAGGACCAUAUACAAACAAAAUCUCAGGGCCACCUACUAUCAAAACCUCAGGAUCACCUACCACCUUCACCACAACGGAGCCAGAGACACACAAUACCAGCACAUUCACCUAGCACAACACAAACACACCCCCUGCCACCUAACUCAGCAACAAGCACGCAGCGCUUCCCUCCACCCAGUUCACCUAAUCCCAGUCAAUACAACUCACCAGUCGACUCACUACUGAGGAUACAACAUCGUCCUCCACCGGUCCCUAAAAGCCAGCAUCGCUCUCCACCCACUCCACCCAGACGACAUCAUCGCCCUCCAUUGCCUUCUCCUAAAUUUAGCCAGCAUCAGUCUCCAUCUAUUAAGUCUAAACCAGCCCUCUCAUCUAACACUGGAAAACACUCUCCUGCACUCACAUCACCUUCGUCUGGGUCACAGUUUCCUUCUCCUUCCCAGGAGAUUCUUCAGUAUAACGUAUCUGAAUCUAAAGACUCUGCUAUCAAAGAUGUCGAUGGUCUGUCUGUCUUCAGCAACUUAUCACACAGUGAGUCAGGCCAGAAAGAUCAACGGUUCAACAGCGAUAGACAUGCUUGCCAACACAAACUGAUGUCUCAGCACCAAAUGCAUGCUGAUACGGACCGCCGGGACCCCAUAUCUAGAGGUUCACCUAUAAUUCAUGCUGACAGGGAUCACCAAGACCCAAUACCGAGUUGUUCACCUAUAAUUCAUGCUGACCGGGAUCACCAAGACCCCAUACCGAGUGGUUCACCUAUAAUUCAUGCUGAUAGGGACCACCAAGACCCCAUACCGAGUGGUUCACCUAUAAUUCAUGCUGAUAGGGACCACCAAGACCUCAUACCGAGUGGUUCACCUAUAAUUCAUGCUGAUAGGGACCACCAAGACCUCAUACCGAGUGGUUCACCUAUAAUUCAUGCUGAUAGGGACCCCCAAGCCCCUGCUGCCACGAGUUCACCUAUAACACAUGCACGGCGAUCUAAAUUCCCAGAUGAUUUCCUGUGGCACAGAUCACAUGAGAAGUUGUGACUAUGAGAGUAUAGGUAAGCCUAUUGGGCGAAGAGGAAGGCUAUAAAAAUAUUUUCACAUGCUAUAGUAGAUUGAGGGCAUUUAUCUAGUCUCGUAAGCUUGUUCAUGACAAAUAUAUAAAAUAUCCAUCAUUAAACAUCUCUGAUUUUUAUUGCAAUGUUUCGAUUCUUUUUUAUGUGUAGCGAUUUUUUCAAAAUGUUUAAACGAGUAAAUCUCAACAAUAAUUCCAUAUAUUUGAACUUUUCAGUUGACAAAUGCGCCACCUACAUAAAGAAAUGCACUGGAUAACUGGUUUAGCGCUUCUUUUUUAUUAUUAUAAUGAUAAUAAU